AUGUUAGAGCUCGGAACCGGGAUUAAGUCUGUCGGAUGCGUGAAAUCGAGGAGCGAAUGGUCUAAAGGGGCUUUUGCCAUUCUCUCAAUUACGCGGUGUUUAGGAAACAAUGCUAUUGUGGUGGAAUAUGUAAUGUUAGAUAAAAACUUUCGAAAUCAUUUCACAUCUUGGACUUGGAAUGACCGUCUGAUCCAUCUAUACCCACAUCAAUAUAGCUAUAGGCGUGUUUACGUGAUAAAAAACAUGACUUGA